AUGUCAUCUGUAGAAUAUGGAUCCACCAACACACCUCGUGUCACUCUUCUGGCGAUCUCACUAGUUUUCGAGUUGAAAAAAGCAACCAUCAAAUGGAAGCGUGGUUUCAUAUCCAUAACAAAAAGAAAGUUCUAUGAAGUGGGACGAAAACGUAAACUGUCUGCUACUUACGAAGUUUUCAUUGGCUUUAACAAACACAAGAAACAAGACGAUGUUCGCGCUCUGAAGUGUGGUCGUUCCAUCCAAGAUCCAUCAUACCAUGGUCAAUCUCUGGAUAAAAUCAUUCCGAUCACCUUUGGUAACAACGUCGAACUGCCAAGAUGGGCUAUAGAGGUCUACCGCUUAUACAAAGAUUGUCGACUUAUUCCUGUUGCACUAAUCUUCGGUGGUGGUUCGUGUUUGGAAGGUGAGAUUACAGGAGUCGACCUGCGUUGUUUCUUUGAGAAAGAAUUCAUAGCUUUUGUACGUCUGUUUUCUCCUCAUUUGAAGGAGGUGCAACUAGCAACAUCUAGGUUGUUCGCGUUCAGCGCUUCUCCGCACUUUUUGUUUUCUAUGAUGAAUCUUUUAUCGCUCUUUGGAAUGACUUAUGAAGAACCAUCGGUACGGUAUAGUACCGACGACAUUGCGAGAGUUGUACAUGUAUGUUCAUUUCGUCAUGAAUCAACCUCAUUAAAUCCAAAAAUGACAACUGACGGAAAUCAGCUGACAGGUGUAACGGUACAACACGCUCUCCUUGAUGGUGUGGUCCUCAAUUUUCAUUUACAUUAG